AUGCCUCCCAAACUGCGUGGCUCCCUGUCCAAGGGCCUGUCGCGCGCCCGGGACACCGGCAGUGCAGUGUUCUACUGCCCAUCCUGCGCCAUCUGGCGACGCACCCUCACAACGCGUCCGAGCCCUCCCUCAGACGGAAAACGGCCCUUCUCGUGGACAUCCAAUCGCUCCCUCGCAACCUCGUCGGUAGUCCACGGAUUACGCCAUGUACCGCCUCGUCUGCGAGAAUUGUACGAUGCCUUAGGCCAGGUGAAAGACGUGGCGCCGGAGCAGGUCAAUCUCAGCCGGCUGCAACUGGCCUUGCGGGGACUGGAAUCGGAGGCCCCUCUCAUCCGCGUUGCUGUCUUGGGACUCAAUGACGCGACGGCCGCGCGCAAGCUCGUCCACUUACUCCUCGCCGAUCCCCUCACACCUCGCGAGGCCUGGGAAGAUGCGCUAGAAGCCUACGACGCAGAUACCUCUCGCGGACUACUGAUUCGAUACGGCGAUACCUCCGAGUCGAUCCCCAACGACCUCCUCCCGACCAUCACGGUCCCGUCCCAGGUCCUCAAGAACGGCAACCUGGAGAUCCUCGUGUCCAGUUUAGGCGCCGAAUCCAUCCCAUCAACUACCACAUUUACAGCCGAGACAUUCCUCGUCCCGACGGUCACGAUCCAGACCUCGUACACAGGCCGCCACAACGUCGUCCGAUAUCCCGUGCACAAGACGAUCGUCUGCGGCCGCGGCGUCGACGACCUCCUCGCUUACAGCAGUCUCCUGGCGCGGACGGACCUGCAGAACGAGACGGAGUCGGUGUACGGCGCAAUCGAGCUCGGCGGUGCUGUCGCGUCGGAGACCAAAACGCGCAGCGACCGCAUCGCUUUCGUGGACGUCGCCCAGGCGGCGAACGCCCUAGCCAAGUUCCGUGAGUCCGUGCAGAAUGCCUCGUUGUACGAACGCGGCUGGAAUAGCAGCGGCGUGCAGCCGGUGAUAGACUGGUUGGCGUCUCCGCGGGCCGAGGACGGUGCCCUGGAUCCGUCGCUGCGGAGCCUGGUCACGUCGUUGAUUGAUGCGGCGGAGACGGGCGUCGUCGCGGAGGAGGAACGGAAGUUGCGGGAGGUGCAGGAAGAGUCUGUGCCGGACCGGGUGCGAGACGACCUCGGUCGUAUGGUGGGCGAGUGGGCCGAGAGAGGGCACACGGAGCUGCGGGGCGCGCUGGAGGAAGGCUUUGCCAGCAAGCGGUGGAGGGGGCUUGCGUGGUGGAAGCUGUUCUGGCGGGUUGAUGAUGUCGGGAUGAUUACGUCGGAGAUCCUGGAGCGGAAGUACCUGCGUCGGGCGGAGCAGGAGGUUGUCUGGACGGCCGGACGGUUCCAGCAAGCCGGCCUGCUUGACGUCGGCAAGACCAACAAUGAAGCUACGGCUGCAGCGGUGGCUGCGGACACGACGGCGACGCCUGUCCCCGAGUCGGCGGAGCAGACCGCCGCGAACGACGCUGAGAAGCCCGCAGAGUCAGCCCCGUGGCCGACGCAAAUCACUACGAGUCGCACCCGGCUUCUCCAAACGACGGUCCCCUCUCUACAGGCGUUGGCCCAACGACUAGUUCUCUUCAGCAUGUCGACGACGACGCUGACCUGGGCACUGUCAGCACUGACGUACGUCUCGAUCCCGUCUGCGUCCGUCUACGAGGCGUGCAGCGUGGCAGCCGUGGGACUGGUCUACUCGCUGCACCGCCAGCAGCGGAAAUGGGAGGCGGCGCGUCACUUCUGGGAAGACGAGGUGCGCGAAGACGGACGCAUGGCGCUGCUCGAGACGGAGGCAUAUCUGCGGCAGGUGGUGCGGGACGGCGGCCGACGCGUCACGGAUGUGUCGGACACCAGCGCUCGACAGACCGUCCAGCGCGCGCGACAAGCUCUGGAGGAAGUGAAUGCUAGCUAG